AUGCAUAAAAGAAGCGCAGCAAGACGCACAGGCACUUAUCGUGUUACAGGCAACAUAGCUGACUUUCAACUGAAGGUGAUGUUGCGCCACAUAAGCGAAUGGCUUCCCGUGCCAAGAUUUGAAUACUCGGGUGCCAAGCCCCAGGGAUUGCAUGCCGAUCAUUAUCCUCUCGAGAGUUCCAGUUCUAGCCGCUCAGAUUUUUUUAUAUGCGUGCCGCAAGUUACAGAAAAUGACAAUAAUUUUGCUAAUUAUGACAAUUACUAUAAUUAUUAUUAUUAUUAUCCUCGCAAGGGAAGUACUGCUACUACCCCACCGGCCUCAGUUACUCCCAGCACAGGCAGAAGUAGUGACUUGGAGCUAGAGGAUUCAGCGUUCGAGGAGGACUCACCCGCAACUGAGUUUGAGGAUCUCAACAAAGAGCUCUUGAAUGGAGCCACAGCUAAUAUUUGCAUCAGCUGGCAACAAAAACAUUUCAGUCGCGCCGAGCUGGAACGUUAUAGCGAUCCACAAUAUUGUGCAACGCCACUGCAACGACGCUAUCAACGCUGGACACAACAUCAGCAGGAACAGCAGCAACAGCAAAAGCGUCAGCAGCAGCAGUCUGAUCAGCACGUACGACGACGCCACAAAGCCCAGAAAACGAAAAAGCCCAUGCUCAUGGCUCCCACACCUCUGUCCAGCUUGGGCUUGUCCGAGUAUAGUUUGGAGGAUGCCGACUUUGCUGCACGCACCUGCUUGAUACAUACGGUCGUGCAUGCCGAUCUGGUGGAAACCCAGACUGCAGUCGAGCUGCAGCUGGAGGAAGUGCCAGAUCUAAUGCAGGCGGGACAACAUCUGAUGUAUGUUUAUGCACAGCUACAGCAAGAUACGUUACUCAUCAGUCUGCGCUAUUGUCCCAAAGAGCGUUUGCUUUACGUCUAUCCCGACUUUACCUAUAGCCCGAAUGACUUGGAUUAUGUGCUGGAGCUCAACAAUGAUUGUCGACAGCUCUAUGCAUAUGGCUUCCAGGCUGUAAGCGGCUUGCAGCCAGUAGAGCAAUUGCAAUUGCCAUCGCUAAUACUGGAAUUGCCUGCACCACUGCAACAACGUCAGCUUGCAUUCCAGCCGCCUCCAAAGCGCAUGAGUCGUGUCUGCCUGUUGCUCCAGCUGCAUGAAGGCCAAAACUUUGAGCACGCGAACAUACAUGUGCGCUACUAUAUACACCCCCCAGAGCUGACGCUGUUCGAGCCCACGAAUACGUCAGAUACCUUUCCAUUGCGUGGCGCCACAGCCACCUGCCAAAAGGGGGGUGCUGAGCAUCCUGCACGUUUCGGCCACUGCUGGCAGCUCAAUUUUCUCUGCGAGGAGCCGCGCAGCUUUCACCAUCCGCUGCACAUUUACUUUGAGGUCAUCAGCAUAGACAGCUGGCAGCGUGAGCGUUGCGAGGGCUACGCACACUUUACCUGCCCACUGCUGGCGCCAUUGCCCCAGGCGGUUACCAAGGGAAUCCAACUGCAAUGCUCCCGUCCUGUCGGCACUUGGCUGGAUGCACUCAAUCGGCGCUUCAUUGGCGGACGCUCUAUGUUUGAUUUCGUUGGCUACUUCAACAGCAGCAUGCGCAACACUACGCUGCAUAAUCGUCUCGAGCCUGAAGCGACACAGGCAAUGCGUAAUACGGGCACGUUGCUCUUCAGCGUCCAGAAGCUGCAGCAACGUCAACAGCAGCAAUUGCUUUAUCAUGUGCCCUCUGCUGAGGACAUAGAUGAUUACUAUGAUGAUGAUGAUGAUGAUGACGACCAGAAGCAGCGGCAUAUGAAGGCGGGUUCACAGACGUUGGAUGAAGUGCUAGCUGCUUAUGUGGAGGCUAGAGAACGCAUUGAGGUGCUGCUGCAAAAAAUUGAGCUUUAGGAGAGCCUAUUUUCUAUAGCAUACUUUUAGUGUCUUAAGCUAGAGUAAUUA